AAGUGCCGGUAACUGCAGGAGAAAGAGAGAGAGGGGGAAGCGAGAGCAAAGGCAUCAAGGGGGAGCUGACUAGUCUGCACUAAAUAACUUGUUUGCCUUUCUCUCAAAGAUUGUUAGGUCUCAUCCCACCAGACACUGUCAACCACCCUUUUCCUCUUAUCCGUCUGGUUUCCUACUCCCUCCAGCCAUGGCACCCACUCUAGCCACAGCAUUUGCCCGCCGCUGGUGGAUGGCGGUAACGGCCAUUAUUGAAAAUCUGCUCUUCUCCGCUGUUCUGCUGGGCUGGGGUUCCUUACUCAUCAUGCUGAAGUCUGAAGGCUUCUAUUCAUACCUCUGCAUGGAACCAGGAAACAGCUCAACGGCAAACCUCUCGUUACCAGCUGUGCCUUCAUCAUUGUCGAAUGAUGCAGAGUUUGAUUAUGACGAGUUCCAGCCUGGAGGUGUGGAGGUGGUCCCUCUGAAACAUCCAGAGGAACACCUGAGGAUGAACGGCUGGCUCAUCUGUAAAGAACAGGAUGAGAUGCUGAAUCUGGCCUUCACCGUGGGCUCCUUCCUCCUCAGCGCCAUCACACUCCCGCUCGGAAUCGUCAUGGACAAAUACGGUCCACGCAAACUCCGCCUGCUUGGAAGUGCCUGCUUUGCCCUCUCGUGCCUAAUGAUCGCUUAUGGAGCCAGCAACCCAAAUGAACUGUCCGUUCUGAUUUUCAUCGCUCUGACGUUUAAUGGCUUUGGGGGAAUGUGUAUGACCUUCACUUCACUUACGCUGCCCAACAUGUUUGGUGACCUGCGUGCCACCUUCAUCGCACUCAUGAUCGGCUCGUAUGCUUCCUCGGCUGUCACCUUUCCUGGGGUCAAGGUGAUCUAUGACAUUGGUGUGACCUUCAUCACAAUUCUUGUGGUCUGGGCGGCCUGUGCAGGACUCGUCUUCAUCAACUGCUUCUUCAACUGGCCCCUGGAGCCUUUCCCUGGACCCGAGGACAUGGACUACACUGUCAAGAUCAAGUUCAGUUGGCUGGGAUUUGACCAUAAGAUUACAGGAAAGCAGUUUUAUAAUCAAGUGACGACAGUGGGCAAGCGUCUUAGCGUGGAUAACACUCACAAACAGAAAGAGCUUGCCAGAGAGGGUCAGAAACUUUGUCUGUCCACCAUGGACCUGGAACUGCAGUGUGAGACCAAGGAGGAAACUCAGUCAUUCAUGAAGAGUAUUUUCAGCCCUCUGUUCAUGUUGAGUCUGGUGACCAUGUGUGUGACUCAGCUGCGUCUCAUCUUCUACAUGGGAGCCAUGAACAACAUCUUGGAGGCCCUCAGCGGAGGAGAUCUUAACACAGUUGAGAAAAUGGAAUUGGUGAGCCUAUACACCUCAAUUUUUGGAGUGAUGCAACUCUUGUGCUUGAUGACGACGCCGGUCAUCGGUCAAAUGAUGGACUGGAAGCUGAAAGAAUGCGAUGAUGGAGAAAUCGAUGAAAAAGAGCCCAACAAGGUUGAACCCCAGCCCAAACGCAGAGACAAACAGAUUCAGAAAGUCACCAAUGCCACGCGUGCCUUCAUCUUCACCAACAUCCUCCUCGUCGGCUUUGGCAUCACCUGCCUAAUUCCCAAUCUCCCACUUCAGAUGCUCUCAUUUGUCCUUCACACCAUCGUCAGAGGCUUCAUCCACUCCGCCAUCGGAGGACUUUACGCUGCUGUGUACCCAUCAUCUCAGUUUGGUAGUCUGACAGGAAUGCAGUCAUUGGUUAGCGCUCUGUUCGCUCUGCUGCAGCAGCCUUUGUUCAUGGCCAUGAUGGGACCACUGCAUGGAGACCCGCUCUGGGUGAACGUUGGUCUGCUGGUUCUCAGUAUGAUGGGCUUCUUGUUACCGCUCUACCUGCUGUACUUCAGGAGAACUCUGCACAAAAAGAGGAAGGAGAAAGAAAAUAAUGCUAAAAUCUAUCUGAAAAUUAACGGCAGUGACGUACCAGAGGCAUUUGUGUAAAAAAGCUAAAGAAAAAAAGCAGAUAAAGGGAAAAACAAAGG